GGAAGUCUGUUUCUAACAGACAUGGCGUGUUUGCUAGCGGUUAGCAGCAUGAGCUCCUCAAUGUUUUCUUUUAUAAAACGUCGCUCCUCAUGGAUACUCUGUUUGUUUCUAGUGAUUCAUGUGUCGACAUCCUCCGCUAAGCUGGACAGCCUGAGAGAAGUGACGGACAGCAGCUGGGAGGAAAUCCUGUCGGGAGAAUGGAUGAUAGAAUUUUACGCUCCCUGGUGCCCAGCCUGCCAGCAGCUCCAGACGGUGUGGAAGGAUUUUGCAGAUUGGGGGGAUGACAUGGGGGUCAACAUCGCCAAGGUGGACGUGACCGAGCAGCCCGGUCUGAGCGGGCGCUUCAUCAUCACUUCACUUCCGACCAUUUACCACUGUAAAGACGGCGUGUUCAGGAAGUAUCAGGGCGCUCGCACUAAAGAAGACUUCCUGAGCUUCGUGGACGAGCAGAAAUGGAAAUCCAUCGAGCCGAUCUCUUCCUGGUUCGGCCCGUCCUCCGUCCUAAUGAAUUCCAUGUCGGCUUUGUUCAAGCUCUCCAUGUUUAUCCGGCGCUGUCACAACUACAUGACGGAUCAUCUGGGGAUCCCUGUGUGGGGAUCGUACGUGAUCUUCGGCCUCGCCACGCUCUUCUCUGGACUCGCUCUGGGACUGCUCCUGGUGUUCAUCGCUGACUUCGCCUUCCCCUCGAGGCGCUUUUCCUCUUCGGACUACUACCAGAAGAAGCAGACCCUGGAGCAGGCUCGUCUGAUUCAGCGUCAGGAGGACGAGCACGAGGCGGACGGAGAGGAGGAGGAGGACGAAGACGAGGAGGACGAAGAGCAGGACGAGGUGUGGAGGAGGAGGAGGAGAGGCUCCCCCGAGGGCCUGCCCGACGAGGCGCUGAGGAAGAGGGUGGUGGGGACCCGGGAGCAGCAGGACGACGAAGAGGACGACGACUCCUAAAGUCUGCAGUGAAGACCUGGAGUCAGUGUUUACAGCAGGGAGUAGAAACCUCCUCCUCCUCCUCCUCCUCCUCUUCUUCCUCCCUGGUUGCUCCUCAGAGCCUCAGACUCCUCCUGAAACAGAAACACUCCCCAGCAGCAGGAGGAGCGCCGAGGGGUCGGUAUGAAGCGGGAUCUUGGCAAUGUUGUUCAUGCUAUGCAUCGUUUUUUUUAAAUGUGAGUUUAUUAUGUGUUUGUCUCAGAAAUAUUAUUAUUUUAUCCCAGGCGUGUUCCUCCUCCCCCUCCUCCAAUGUAUUCAUACGGUUAUUUUAUGUUUCUUAUAUGUUUCCUUAACCCAUAUUAACCCAAAUCAUCUCUGUGUUUGAUGGAGGAAAGUGUGAAAUACCUGAAGUGUUAUAAUCCUUAAGAUUUAGCAAAAAUUCAAAUAGGAAUGGCGUCUUAUUUUGUAAAAGACUUCAAUGCAUUUCCUGUCACUCCUUCAUAAUUGUGAAGUAGCAGCAGCCUCAGGAAACGUGUGAGGAGUGAGGCUGGUUUUAAUUUAGCUGCGACUGUAGUAAACUAAAGUUAUAUUUCAUGCCAAAAAAUAUCAAAUUCUGCUAAAUAAAAAAAUAAAAUCGUCUUAUUUUGUAGUAUCAUAUCCUGUCAGUCCUUCACAAUAAAGCCCCACUGUUUCUCCAGAUAAAUGCUUUUGUUGUGAAGUAGGAAAAGCAGGAAAUGUCAUGUUGAUAGCAGGAUAAACAAAGUGACGCUGAUACUUGUAAAUAUUAUUUAUUUGCUGCUAAAAAAAAGGCAAUUUAAAUCCAGGAAAAAACCUGCCAUAAAUUAAAAAAACUACUUUUUAUAGAGAUCAAUAAUUAAUAUAAAUACCUUGGCACCAUGUACGACUUUAAAUGUGUGUUUUGUUCAUGAAAAUCUUAAGGAUUAUACCUUUUUAAAUCAGACGAAACUUUAGUUUGAUGUGAGCUGCACUUUAGUUUGCAGAAAUGCAGUGAGUUAGAAGCAGAUUUUAUUGUGAAAGGAACUAUAUCCCCUCCAAAAUAAAAGCCCUGGUGUAUUUUUUUUGUCCCAAUCCCAACAAUCAACCAACGGGAUGUUUCAUUUGACUUUGUGUUAUUAUUUUUUCUUGUGAUUCUCUAAUUAUUAAAGGACGUUUAAUUAAAGAGCCCAGAUGUAUCUGCAUGCCAUUAAAGAAAACUAAAGAAAAAAGGAAUAGGAUAUAUUUAGGGACGCCUUUUUAUAUAAAUCAAAUACGGAGCGAAUAAUGCUGUUUUAAUCUUAUUUUAACCACUUUAAAUUCCAACUUUUUUACGCUAACAUGUCAAAUUUAACCUGGCUUUGCUUGGUGAAUUUAUCUAAACGAGUGCUUUUUGGUUUCUUUUUGAAAUCUCGAACAAAUUUGCACUUUUUCUGCUAUUUUUCAGAUAUUAACGGCGCUCAGCUCGGCUUGUAUUCAUUUCAGUGUGUAAGGCAAAAAGAGGGUGUGUGUGAGAGAUUGUGUGUAUGUGUGUGUGAGAAUUUAAAAGCACAUUUCAGUUUUGAUUAGGCGUAUAAUGACCGGUUUAGACUUUGAUUUAUUUCUUAUAAUUACAAUUUUUGGUGACGGUUGUGAUUUUUUUUUUACCCGCCUCGUAGCAUUCACACUUGACUCUGAGCUCCUUUCAUUGUUUCAAUAUUUCUUUUAAAUAAAGAUUAACUCUGAAAAAA